AUGCUGCAUGACUUCCUGAGGGACAGGAUGGCCAAGUUACUGGUUGAGAAACCUGAAUUGCGUUUGAAGGCCAAUCAGCAGAAGUUGUUGGACGAGCUCAACAACGAUGACAUUGAGGCGAAUUGCUGGUCUUGCCAUGUGCAAAUUGACAACGACCUGUGGCUGGUGGUGCCCAGUAUGCCCAAGAAUGCGCCGAACCUGAUUGUCUUCCACAAGGGCGAAAUCGCUGUGGAGUUCGGCGGCUUCUUCUGUAAGCGUUUGAUCCAAUUUCAUUUGCCCACUGUGGCGGAUGACAAUGAAGAGCCAGUUGUGCAAGAGCCACAAUCGCUCCUGCCAGAUAGCCAGUAG